CCGGCAGUAUCUCUCCGCUGAUUGCAACGAACAGUUCAUUUAAAAAUGGAAUCACAGACUUUUGUCGUACUGCUGCUUAUUAGUUGCCUUAUCGUCGGUUGUUGCAUUGCGGCACCUCAGGGUUGCAGUGGCGGCUUUUACUCUAGCAAUGGCAACCUGGUGAUCGACAUAAAUAACAUUCAGAACCAUCUUAACUGUGUCAAUAGGCAACAUCAACAACAUGGAUAAAAUCAUUAAAUGCCAACUUACAUAGAAUGUAUAAAUUAAGUGCAAUACAAAAAAAAAACUUCAAAAAAUUGUAAAUAAAAUCUUCUAAAAUAA